AUGGAAGAAGGAAACCACACCACAAUAACUAAAUUCAUUCUUCUGGGAUUCACAACAGACCAAAAUCUACAACUGAUCCUGUUUGCCGUAUUUCUAAUAAUAUAUCUAGCCAGCUUGGCAGGGAACAUCACGUUAAUUGCAGUCAUCUGUAACAGCUCUCGUCUCCAUACACCCAUGUAUUUCUUCAUUGGGAACCUAUCCUUCCUUGAUCUCUGGUACUCAUCUGUCUAUACCCCUAAAAUCCUAGUGAACUGUAUCUCUGAAGACAAGAGCAUUUCCUUUGAAGGUUGUGCUGCCCAAUUCUUUUUCUCUGCUGGCCUUGCAUACAGUGAAUGCUAUCUCCUUGCAGCUAUGGCUUACGAUCGCUAUGUGGCUAUUGCCAACCCAAUGAUGUAUGCUACAGUUAUGUCCAAAAAUCUAUGUGCAGGGUUGGUGACCAUCUCUUAUCUGUGUGGUUUCAUCAAUGCCACCAUAAUCACAAAUGAAACCUUCACCUUGAGCUUUUGUGAUGACAACGUCAUUAAUGACUUCUUCUGUGACCUUCCCCCAUUGGUCAAGUUGUCCUGCAAGGUGCCCAAGAAUUAUCACUCUGUGUUGUAUUUCAUUCUGGCCUCUAAUGUAAUUACCCCCUCAGCACUUAUCCUGGCUUCUUAUGCCUUCAUCCUGGCAGCCAUUCUGAGGAUCCGUUCCAGUGAAGGGAGACUGAAAGCGUUUUCCACAUGUGCUGCUCACCUGACUGCUGUCACUUUGUACUAUGGCUCCAUCCUUUUCAUCUAUUCACGCCCCAGCUCCAGCUAUACCUUGGAACGGGACAAAGUAGUGUCUGUCUUCUACACGGUAGUGAUCCCAAUGCUUAAUCCCAUCAUCUACAGUCUCAGGAACCAGGAGGUAAAGAAUGCUCUGAAGAAACUGAUCGAUAUAAAACACAGCCUAUACAUUUUACACAGAAAACUUCUAUCCAAAUGGGGGAUUGUCACAAGGGCAUGCUGUGCGACAUUUCAGCCUGCUCGAUGA